GUCACUUCACUGGGGUCAGCGUCUCUGCUCUCUCUCUCUCCCUCGUUCCCUUGCUCCUUCUCUCCGUCGCUCCGUCUCUCCGUCGCCAUGAGUCUGAGGACCAAGCGCAUCAGCAGCAGCUCAGUGCGGAGUGGGCCCCGCCCAGGGGGCUACGGAGGGGGCUUCAGCUCCAGUUCUCUGGGGGCCCCCUCCAGCAGCCCCAUCUACGCCCCCAUCACCGCCGUCACCGUCAACAAGAACCUGCUGGCCCCCCUCAACCUGGAGAUCGACCCCACAAUCCAGGCCGUCCGGACCCAGGAGAAGGAACAGAUCAAGAGCCUCAACAACCGCUUCGCCUCCUUCAUCGAUAAGGUGCGCUUCUUGGAGCAGCAGAAUAAGAUGCUUGAGACCAAGUGGCAGCUGCUGCAGAGCCAGGCCCCGAGCCGCUCCAACAUCGAGCCCAUGUUCGAGGCCUACAUCGCCAACCUGCGCCGUCAGCUGGAGGUGAUCAACAACGACAAGACCAAGCUGGACGGGGAGCUGCACAGCAUGCAGUACCUGGUGGAGGACUACAAGCACAAGUACGAGGAUGAGAUCAACAAGAGGAACAGUCUGGAAAAUGACUUUGUGCUGCUGAAGAAGGAUGUGGACUCUGCCUACAUGAAUAAGGCGGAUCUGGAGGACAAGGUGGGCAGCCUGACAGACGAGAUCAACUUCCUGAGAGCCAUCUACGAAGAGGAGCUCCGUGAGCUGCAGGCCAACAUCAAGGACACGUCGGUCGUCGUGCAGAUGGACAACUCCCGCAACCUGAACAUGGAGCAGGUGGUGGCGGAGGUGAAGGCCCAGUACGAGGAGAUCGCCGCCCGCAGCCGCGAGGAGGCAGAGUCCUGGUACAAGAACAAGUUUGACCAGAUGUCGGCUCAGGCCAGCCAGUACGGAGACGAGCUUCGCAACACCAAGAGCGAGAUCGCCGAGCUGACGCGCCUGAUCAGCCGUCUGCAGAGCGAGAUCGACGCUGUCAAAGCACAGAGAGCCAACCUGGAGAGCCAGAUCGCGGAGGCGGAGGAGCGCGGGGAGAUGGCCAUGAAGGACGCCAAGGCCAAGAUCCGCGAGCUGGAGCUGGCCCUGCAGAGAGCCAAGCAGGACAUGGCUCUGCAGCUGCGCGAGUACCAGGAGCUGAUGAACGUUAAACUGGCCCUGGACAUCGAGAUCGCCACCUACAGGAAGCUGCUGGAAGGAGAGGAGCACAGGCUUGCAAACCAGCCCAGCAUCAGCGUCCAGGCUGUGCCCAGCUAUAGCCCCCAGGUGAAGAGCAGCUACCAGCGCCAGAACAGCUCUGGGGCACCGAAGGUCCUGAUCAAGAUGACAGAAACUCGCGAUGACACCCGAUUCACCUCCAGCUGAGCACAGAGACCUGUGCUCUCCGCCCCCGUCCCGCACACCUGCGCUCUCCGCCCCCGUCCCGCACACCUGCGCUCUCCGCCCCCGUCCCGCACACCUGCGCUCUCCGCCCCCGUCCCGCACACCUGCGCUCUCCGCCCCCGUCCCGCACACCUGUGCACUGUGUGUAAAGAACAAAGAGACAUGCCCUCAGUGCAAAUAGACCAUAAGGAAAGUCAUCAGAGAGUGAUUUAUUCAUUUCACUGGCUCCAUUUAGCGGAUAAGUAAACUCAUUGUUUAGGCAUAUCUUUCAUAGUGGUAUUGCUGUUUAUUACAUUUACACAAUGUUAUUCCAGCCUGAAAUAAAAUGAAGUCAUCAGUGCAGUUUAAAGCCAAGCUGUGAUGUGGUUACAUCAUCCCCUGACCUUGGAGGACUGCAGACACUGACAGGUCUCCUGCUCUUCCAGGAACAUGGCAGUUUAGAUGAUUUUGUGGUGUUUUGGGUAAUUUUGGGUGAUUUUAGGUAAUAUGGUGGGUAUUUCUUGCCCAGGCCAGCAUUGGAGGGCAUGUAACUGCUGCAGUAAUCACAUAUUUCUAACCUGUAAUGAAGUCUCCACUGCCACUGCCCCACUGCCAGCACUGGGUCGGGAAUCUGUGAUUACUGGCCAGCUCAGCACUGGCAUUUCAGCCAGCACCUGUUGCUGUAAUAAAACCCAAUUUAAAAAUUGAUUAAAUCGAAUGAAUCCUCCAACUGAGAAGCCUCUGUUGCCUUAGCACACUGAGAAACAGCUCAGCGCUGCGGCACACUCACUGCGAUUACACUUGCUCUCCACGCUUCCUCAUCUCUGUACAAACUGUCCUUACAUUUUGCUUUAGAUCUGUAAUCUGAAUCCUCCCUGUUUUCAGUAAGACUUUUUGUUUGUUGUUAUGAGGAAAAUAAAGUCUCAUCAGUCCUUCUGU